AUGGCUUCGGCGACAGACUCCUCAUACGGUAUAAGAAUUACAUUCAUUGUGAUUCUCUUCUUUUCCCUCACAUUUCUCCCUCCUGUCUCAGCGGGAUCAUCAAUGCCUUCAAGAGGGAGUGAAGAUAUGAAGCAAAAGAAAAUGGUUCUGGGUUCAAGGCCUCCUCAAUGUGUCAAUAGGUGCUCUAAUUGCAAGCCUUGCAUGGCUGCUCUGGUCACUCCUCCCCAUCAUAAAAACGGUGUCAGGGGACCAUCAUCAUCUAAAGGAGAUGAAAGCUAUUACUUGCUCUCAUGGAAGUGCAAAUGCGGAGAUAAGUACUUUCAACCUUGA